AUCACCAACCAUCGUUCCACAACUGAAAACAAGAAUGUCCGGUGUUCCUCCUGGACCUCCUCCGGGAAGACCUCCAGUCGCCAAUGUGCCAUACAUCCCUCAACCAGGUGCACCUGCUGCCCCGCCGUUCCGUCCACCUGCUGCUCCGGGAUUCGGCUUUCCUCCAGGUCCACCUCCGGGGAUGCCCUUCAGUGUCGGAGGGUUCCCACAUCCCCUUCCUCCUGGAUGGUCUGAACAUAGAGCCCCGGAUGGCAUAACGCCUUAUUACUAUAACGCUCAAACUCGCGAGUCGACAUAUAUCCGCCCCACUUUCCCUCCCUUCCCUCCCGGAACCACUCCACCCACUGGGUCUCCAGCUCCUGGCGCAGUUACCCCAGGCGGAACUGGAGCCGCUGAGGAAAAGACGAAGAAGAAGAAGAAGGAAAAGCCCAAGGACAAGGUGCCGAUCCCCGGUACUGGCUGGAUGAGAAUCACGACAACUGAAGGGAAUGUGUUUUACUUUGAAAAGGAGAACAAAAGAUCGGAAUGGACUGUUCCAGAUGAGAUCAAGGACGCUGUAGCUCAACUGGAGGAGGAGGAGAGGAAGAAAAAGGAGGAAAAAGAUAAAGAGGAGCAAGAGAAGAUUGAGCAGGAGAGGAUUGAAAAGCUGAAAGAACUGGAGAGGAUCAGGGCGGAGAUAGAUGCUGAGAGGAAGAAGAAGGAAGAGGCAGAAAAGGAAAGAAAGAGGAAACAGAGGGAGGAUGGCGAAGAUGAUGCACCGGAGGAGAAGAAGGCCAAGGUGGGAGGCCAAGAGCAAGAGGAGGAGGACGUGGUUGGCCCAGAAGGCGAAGAGGACGAAGAGGCCUGGAUGAAGGCUGUUGCCGCCGAGUUCGCCGAGAAGGAUGCUCAAACCAAAAAGGAUUUGGAAGAGCAAGAUGAAAAGACUAAAAAGGAAGAGGCCGAAGCCGCAAAAAAGGUCUUUGCCGUCCCCGAAAAGGUCAACGUUUCUGUCGAAGAAGGACGUGCAUUGUUCAAGGCUUUGCUCAUUGAAAAGGACAUCUCGCCCUUUGCCCCCUGGGAUCAAUCCCUGCCCUUGUUCAUCAACGAUCCGCGCUACGUGCUUCUCUCAUCUAUGAAAGACCGACGUGAGGUGUAUGAAGAGUACUGCCGUGAAGUUGGUCGAGCCAAACGCCUCAAGAAGGGUUCUGCGGCGGAAGAGAAGAAGGCAGAGCCAGAGAAGGAAUACAAAGCCUUGCUGGAUAAGGAAGUGACAAGUACUAGGACGAGAUGGGAUGACUUUAGGAAAAAAUGGAAGAAGGAUAGGAGGUUUUAUGCUUUUGGCAGAGAUGAUCACCAGAGAGAAAAGGCGUUUAAGCAGCAUUUGAGAGACCUUGGCGAGCGCAAACGAGCUGCAGCUCAGAAAGCCGAAGAAGACUUCAACACUCUUCUCAAAGAAUCAACGAACAUCACCUCAUCCUCUCAAUGGUCUUCUGUCAAACGCUCAAUCUCUUCCGAUCCGCGAUAUGAUGCUGUUGGUUCUUCUUCGCUGCGUGAAGAUCUAUUCAACAAUUAUAUCCGUGCACUCUCUUCAACUUCGAAUCCUGCAAAAUCAAAUCCCGAGGAGCAGAGCAUAAAAGAAAAGGAAGAGGCGGCCGCUCGCCGGCUUGCAGAGCGCAAAGCUGGUCAAUCGGCUCAGCCUUCUGAAUCGAAAGAAGAUGCGGCUGCACGUAAACUUGCAGAGCGCAAAGCCAAGUCAGAAGCGAGUCUGCGCGAGCGGGAGGCUAAAGUCAGGGAAGAGAAGGAAAGGGUGGAACGUGAGAUGCACAAGAGUAAAAUGGGAGCUGGGAGGGAAGAGGCUGAGGCAUUGUUUAGGAGUUUAUUAGUGGAUUCUGUGAAGGAACCCAACGUUACGUUGGACGAGGCGCAAUCUUACCUUUCUUCUGACCCUCGAUGGAACCACCCUUCGUUGAGUGCCCGCGAUAAACAACGCCUCUUCGCUGCCCAUUCCGAACGGCUCUUUUCUAAACGUUCCAAUGCACUCCACUCGCUCUUCGAAUCCAAGACGCCCGCUCUCAACACGUCUUACGACGACGUUUACCCACAAAUCAUCGAUGAUCCGCUUGUCAAGCGUCUCGGCUUGCAAGGGGAAGCGCUCGAAGACCGCUGGAGGUCUUGGCGACGAAAGAAGGAGCAUGAUGCGAGGAUCGAGUUUGAUCAGAUGUUGCGUGAGAACAGCUUUGUAGAGUUUUGGUCCAAGAUGAGGAAGAAGACGAUGGAUGAGAAGGCUUUGGAAGUGCAGGAGCAGGAUGAGUAUGAUGAAGGCGAAGGAAUGGGAGAAGGUGGAGCGGCGGACUUGACGCAGUUGGCAAAGCAAAUUGAUUUGGGCGAAAUCAAGGCUGUAUUGAGGAGAGAUAAGAGGUAUACUGUUUUCGAUCACAUGCCUGACGAGCGCGAAAAGUGGUUGCGAGACUAUCUGGAAAACGUUGAGGCAGCCUCGGGAUCAAAAACUAUCCACAACGUCGGUCUUGACAGAUAAAAAAUUAGAAGAUUGACUUUGCAGUACAUGAUAAGAUGCAUUUAAUAGUAC